CAGAGUAUGGCGAGUUCGUAAGAAUCCUUGUUAUUUUCUAAAUUGUUGUGAUUAAUAUCAAAUUAAUAGAUAGUUAUUUUACGUACUUGAAAUGGGAGAUUAUUCGAAUCAUUAUCGAGGUAAAAGGAAAUAUUCGUAUGACGAUGGAGAGAGGCAGACAGAGGAUGAUUACCAUUACCACGAGAAUAAAGCUAAAUGUAGUAAAACUUCCCGUAGAGAUGUCGCUCACAAUAAUGGAUACAACGGGUUAGGCGAUUACAGACGACAUUCCUCUGCCUCCCCAUCCUCCGCAUCAUCAGCCUCUCCAAUAUCAUCAGAUUCAAGAUGCAGGUCUAGGGAAUAUACCGAAAAGGACAGGAAGCGCCAUCGAAAGUGCAGAAGCAGACGACACUCGAGACACACGUCAAGAAGUUCAAGGACUAACUCGACAUGGAAGCACAGACAUAGCCAUCAGAAGAGGAAGGUCAUAAAGAACGACGAGGAAGGCCAUUUGGUUUACAAAGAGGGAGAGCUGCUGAACAAUCGAUAUAAAAUGAUCGAAACGCUAGGACAGGGCACUUUUGGGCAGGUUGUCAAAUGUAAAGACCUCAAAAGAGACACGAAAGUCGCGGUAAAAGUUAUAAGGAAUAUAGCCAAAUAUAAGGAGGCAGCUAAAACAGAGAUCGAGAUACUGGAUCACAUACACAGGACCACAUCACAUGGAAGAUUGCUAUGUGUUAGGAUGUUGGAUUGGUUUGAUUACUAUGGCCACAUGUGCAUCGUCUUCGAACUCCUUGGGCAGAGUGUCUUUGAUUUUCUGAAGAAGAACCACUAUUACCCAUAUCCAAUCGAGCACGUGCAGCAAAUUGCUUAUCAACUGAAUAGAGGAGUGAAGUUUCUGCAUGAUCAUAACUUGGCGCAUACCGAUUUGAAGCCGGAGAACAUACUGUUCGUCGACUCGACUAGUGAACACUACAAGAGUAGAACCAUUAGGAAAAAGGACCGGGAGAUCAGGCGGGUUCUCUGCACCGACAUUCAGAUCAUUGACUUCGGGUCAGCUACGAAUGACGACGAACACCACAGUAAGAUCGUCUCUACCAGGCACUACAGGGCCCCGGAAGUCGUCCUCGAACUAGGCUGGUCUCAUCCUUGUGAUGUUUGGAGCAUUGGUUGCAUCCUCUUCGAGCUAUAUACUGGACACACCAUGUUUCAGACCCACGACAACCUGGAGCAUCUGGCUAUGAUGGAAAGAAUCUUAGGCCCCAUACCUUCUUCCAUGAUCAAACGCUCCCCGAAGUCAAAAUAUUUUCGCAAUGGCGAACUUGCCUGGGACCCAGACAGUGAAGAUGGCCUGGCUGUCAGGCAACAAUGCAAACCUCUUAAGCGCUACAUGAGGUCAAGUUCCGAACUACACUACCAACUGUUUGAUCUUAUCCGCAAGAUGCUAGUUUACGAUCCCAAGGAUAGGAUAACACUGAAUGAAGCGCUACACCAUUCAUUCUUUACCUAACUUUUUCUCUUUUUUUCUCUCUGUCUGUCUGCACUAAUUAUGUUAUAUUAUCAAAUUUAUUUAACAAUAUUAUCAAACCGUU